AUGGAAGACAUUGACGAUGACUACUUCUCCGACGAUCUCGAUGCUCUGCCGCCGGGUACGUUGUACGAGCUCGAGCAGCAUGCCUACCAGGCGACCCAAGGCCAGGCGGCUCAACAACUGCAGGGAAGAGCGUUAGAUACCUCUGAGCCCGUGCACUCGAGGCAAAAUGCUGCCAGCUUGAAGCCACCGCCGCGUCUCCAUACUGGUUUGACUAACGAUUAUGAUACGCUUGAAGUGGGAGAGCUGGAAGCUGAGGUUCACGAUAAUGUGGACGGACAACAAGCAUUCGUUCAGGCUCCUUCGCUGGCGGUCUCGAAUGAUGUGUGGACCGCUCACGGCGGAGACGGUGCGAUGGACAUUGACCAAGAUUACGGCCAGGCGCAAUCGUACGAGAUCAAGGCGCGUAUGCAGCAGCUCGAACAAGAAAAAGAGCAGAUGCGACGAGAACUUGCUGAAGCAAGAGCACAGGCCGAAACGAAAGCUGGAGAGAUCGCGAUCAUUCGCUCCAAACAAAGUCGAAUGGCGGAGGAAUAUGAUCGACAACUUGCUGCGCUGAGAAAGGCCAUGGCUGACCAAGAAAAUACUCAUAAAGAAGCCGUCGACGCGGCCAUGUCCGAGGGCAAAAUGCUCGCGACUGAGAAUUUGUUUCUUCAGCAUGACCUCGCCGAAGAAGUUCAUCAGCUCCGAAGUUACAAGACGAAACACCGGGCCCCAGAGAAAGUGGCACCUGUCACACCCAAAAAGUCGCGAAUCCUUCCAUUUCGUGACGGAUUCGACGAUGAAGAGAUCGCCGUUGUUUCGCCGAGUAAGUCGGCGGCACGGUCAAAACGAGGCACACCUACUGUUCCUGGGAAACGGAAACGACAAGCAAGUGUCGACAGUCCAGCUCCAUUACAACUGAGUCCUGCUGGAGAGGUCAACAUGAUGGAUGCCCCUACCGAUACCUCAGGGACGGUCUUCGAUGACCAGUCCAGACCACGAGACACAAAAAACUCUACCCAGAACCAUCUCAUCAAGCGAAUCUUCAGCCAUCGGAUGCUUCCCGAUCAGGAAACCGAUAUUGAGGCCUUUGCCAAGAUCUACUUCCCAUCUGAGCCCCAUAAGCCUGUUUCUGGUUUAAUUAUGGACGAGUUAGCUCGGGUAGACAUGGGAGAUUUCUUGCUCGAAUAUAUGUACACAAUUGGGCAGCUAUGGCGCCGGGCACUCACUGAGCGAUUCUAUGGGCCAGUGCCACGAUUCAUGUCCAUCACUCGAUUCGUCCUCAUGAUGGACGUCGCCCCUCUCCCUGGCCUCGUAAGUGCUCUGGUCGGCGUGCUUCAAGACUCGGUUGAAGUGAAUGCCGUCCCGCGAUUCAAAUACUCGCCAGCAGCUCGAGAAAAAGCUCGGAUCCCUCGAGCCACACCUCAAUCCGAUCUGCAUCUUGAAGUCGACUCGACCGAAGCACUUCGCUUGCUAUACUACAUGUCAUCCAGGUUGCUGCAUGUGAAAGGGGCCCUGGAUGAUCUGUGGGCAAACAUCCGUUAUACUUUCAUCCUCGUGAUGUUACACGGUUCACAGCCACUCAAAGAUAUCAUGGUGAUCUUGCCGUUCCUAUCUACAAGCAUACGUGCAGCCUCGUUCGGCCCGAUUUUGCCAUCCGAACAAGACCAAGCAGAUGUCCAGAAAUGGAUCAUCGACCGACUCUCAUUCAUGCUCAGUGAGCCGGUCACGCCAGACGAAGGUUGCGAUCCCUACACGGUACACGAAGUCUGUGCAAUGCGGCUCGAAGUGCUCCUCUUGUUGGAGAGUUUGGCAUUCAACCCUCCAGCUCCGUCAAAGGACCACGCCAGUGUCAUUCUCGCGACGCAUCCCACGGCCUUGCCACGUCUAUUCAGGUCGAUGCAUGAUGAGCUAGACGCGCUCUACUCCUCGCCCCCCGAACAAGAAUUUCGCGUGGCAAUGGUCAAUGGGCUGAUGCGCCUGAUUUUCGGUGUCAUGCGUCGCCAUGGACCACUUAUCAACAUGCAGGAGAAACUGGCAUCCGUGUCGGGGAGUAAGCAAAAGCACCUGGUAGUUCUCACGCGCCUGGCGUUCUGCGACGGGUCUGUCCUCGAAGCCGGCAUUGACGAUGAAACGGUGGACAUGGCACACGAGCUCUUGGAAGAAUGGACAAAUCCUCAAGAGGCUGAGUCAUUGGCUGAGGCAUUUCCGAGUUCACGACGGGAUUAA